AUGAACGCAUUUUACUCGGGACAGUACUGGCCCGCUGCAUGUCUGGAUAACAACAACGACGAUUACGCAAAGGACGUAAGCAGAGUGCAUCAUGAUAUUCCUUACAGGACUCGCCAGGACACUCUGCGUCGCCGGAAGCGCACGACUUUCAGCAAGGCGCAGCUAUGUGAGCUGGAGAGGGUCUUCUCUGUCACACAGUACCCGGACAUUAAAAUGAAGGAGUCCCUCGCCUCUAUGACUGGUCUACAAGAGUCUAAAAUUCAGGUCUGGUUUCAGAAUCGACGCGCACGUUAUUUCAAGAGCAAGAAGUCAGCCAGAGAGCUUCCCAAAGCCUCCACAGACUACCAUCAUCCGCAGUUCACCUACACUCCAACGAGUCCACCAUUCCUCCAGCUGGCUCCUGCUUUCCUUCCUAGUCCAAGCCCCCCGUCUCCACCAGGAUACCCUGCUCCAAGUUUACCCCAGUCCACCAGACUCUCAGCCAUCUUGGAGAGCCAGACCACUGCCACGUCCCUGCCGGCAAUUAUAUCUCCUGUCACAGCCGACCAGGCUUCACCCUGCCAACUCCCAGGAGUUCCUCAAGAAGACUAUUACAACCAAACCCCGGACUUCACUGAUCACUGUCACGAUACGUUUCAGGCCAGCGGGUUCAGCGACUGGGAUGUAACAGAGGACUUCGAGGCUUUCCUUGGUGAUGGACAUGAAUCUCAGCCUGUGGGCAGCCACUGUGCUGCAGUCGGUCAAACAGCACCAAAGCAGAGCGUCCAGGAUCAGCUGGACCACCAGAGCUUCUCCAGCAUGAGCGGGUCCAUGGACGACAUGCCCGACCUUUGCUUUCACGAGCUGGGCGACUUCAAUAUCACAGAUUUGGACAUUUCUGCGGCAAUGAUUGAUUACCUCUUGAGUUAA